AUGAUGGCAUUUAAAGGUAGUGGAAUACGAAUAAUAGUAUUAGAUGGACAACAGAAACUUAUAUCAUCAUUACGUUCGGCUGUAAGUGAACCUAUCGAAUCAUUUACUGAAACUGCAGAUUGUAUCUCAUUUCUUGAACAAGAAUCAAAUGACAACACAUUUAUUAUUGCCAUGACAAUCAUCGAUGAAACUGCUUUACAAACUAUUGAUUCUAUCUCAUCAGUUGAAGCCAUUCUCAUUCUUACGACGGUGACAGUCAAUAUAGACACCUAUCCUAGAAAAGUAGUCGGUGUCUAUCCUCAAAUUGAAAUUUUCAUACGAUCGUUUUGGGAAACAUUUGAUAUAAUUGAAGAACAGCUCAAUUUCAAUAGUCUUCUAUUUUAUCAUCAUCAAGAUGGUACUUCGGAUCCAGCUUUUUUCUUCUAUGAAAUUUGGAAAAAUCAUAAUAAAAGUCAAACAAGUACGAAAAAUUCUUUUGCCGAGCAAGCACGCCUGUUCUAUGAAUCGAACAAUCACAUGAAAAUGAUGAUUAAUGAUUUCGAAUCGACAUACAAAUCAACUAAUCCACUUGUUUGGCUCGAUAACCAUCGUCAUCCAUUUCCCUAUCGUCUCUUCAUUUUGAAUGCACUUCGUACUCAUAAUUUAGAGGCAUUAUCAUAUGUUGAUUUUUUUAUUACUGAUAUUCGCAAACAAAUGAAACCGGUUACAACAUCGAAUACAAGUGGAGUCUACAUUGGCACUAAACUUUCACUUUCAUUUAUCCAACAAAUUGAACAACAAUCAACAAAAGAUAUUAUUGCAUUUCAAUGUUUUCUCACUGUGACACGAUCAAGAGCAAAUGCUCUUGCUACUGCGACGAGACCUAGUUUACGUCAAAAUACUGAAAAUGUACUCUUCAAAAUUGAUCUUAAAAAUACUCUCUGUGCAACUGUGGGAGAAACGUUAAUCAUUGAUUUGGCCACACCAUUUCAUAUUACUUGUGUGACACGAAGUAAUGCUAGCAGUGGACAACAACAACAAUUGACUGUUAUCAAAAUGGUUGCAAUCGAGAAAAGUGAAGCUCAAUCAUUGUUUGAGAAGUAUUUAAAAAUGCAACAAGAACUUGGGAAGAAUUCUCAUGAGCUUUUAUAUCGAAUGUCCUACAAAAUUUCGUAA